AUGAUGAGCCGCUUUGCGAUCAAAAGGGCGUACAGGGCUGAACAUGAGUGUAAAAAAAUACAUAAAUAUAUUAGUAUAGGAAUUGACCGUAAAUCCAGGCUUCCCGUCAGCACGUGUGCAAGGAAAUUUGGAAAUAGCGACUUGGUCAAUAUCAGUCAGAAAUUGUUCCUACAUAAUAACACACGAGCAAGGAGAUCGUCUAAGAGACAAGUCGCCAGGGUGGUAUGUCCUAAUUUUAAAAGAGGAGAUGCCCCGCAUGUGUGCAGCGCGCAGGAUAGUCAGGCACACGCGUGGCGUAGAGUAAUAAAGGGGAACAUAUUGGACAAGGGGGAAGAGCCGAAACAGGUGGGGGACGCCCCAAUUGUACACACACACGUGAGGUCAGGGAGGAUUGGAGAAGAGGCCACCCGCAGGACACCAUCCCCAAAUGUACUGAACGAUAGAAACAUUUUAAGUAACUCGAGUAAGUGGAGCAGCGCAGGCAUUUGGACCUCUAGUAAAAUGAGAAAAAUAAAAUUUAGGAACUUCACGCAAAUCGUUGCCGUAUCGAUAAGAAAAGACAAGUGCGUGAAAUUUUCCCGAUUAAGUCUGAGCGAAUUGCUACGUUGUAUACUUGAGCAGUUGUCAAAGGAGAGCGACGUCAAAACGUGGAACAGCAUAUUUUUGCAGGUAGACAAAUUGGUGUCGAAAAAAGGCAGGGGCGAAGAGUAUAAAGCAGAAUUGAGCGCCUUUUUUGAUAAGCUCACUAACAUGGAGUACUACGGUGUGCUUCACCACCUGAAGGAUGUCGACGAGAGCGUGAAAAACAACAUUUUGAAUGGCGCCUUUUUCGAGUGCCUGGUGUUGUCCCUCAGGGGGAGGGACAUAACAUAUUUGCACGAGAGGGUGCGUGGGGGAGAAGUGGGAAGGGGAGAAGAAGGAGAAGCAGAUGGAGGAGCAAAAGAAGCAGAGCUGGCCGACUCGCCACAGCUGAGAAGGGGUAGCCCGGCGGAGGGCCGACUUGGCGACCCCGCGCAAAUGGCGAAGAAGCGCGAAAGUAAGGUAAAAUCGUACAUGAAAAAUUUGAAGCAUCUUUUAAACAUCUCAGGCAACGGGAGGGGCCUCAAGGGGGGAUCGAGCGCGCUUGAGGAGAAGCAGUGGCAGGUAGAGGGUGAAGAAAAAAGACUGGAUGAUUUCGGCGACAAGGGAGAGGCAUCAUCAUGUCCGAAUAAUUCGUCCAGUUUCAGAGGAAACACAGAGAAAGACGUAACAAUGAUCAGGAGGUGGUUUACCCUGUUGACCUACUUCUCCAAUAAAUCUGAGCACGUCCCAAUUUUAAGAGAUUAUUUGAAUCGAAUGUUUAGAAAACAUAUUGACGAUCUCAUUCAAAAGGAGUACUUUUCCAAAACUGUGCACCAGAUGACGAACCAAAUAAACAGUAAAAGUAUACACGCCGUUAUAAUGACGUACGAGAAAAAUCUGGAUCAGAUGGCAGCAUAUGAUUUUAGCUACAGCUUGAUUAUUCUCCUUCGUUUUCUUGUCUUCAGUCAUAGUUUGUUUAAUAGGAUUAUCGAUCACGCCAUUGGGAAUCCUUUAGUGAAAUUAAAAAGUGAGAAACACUUAAUCCGUUUCAUGAAGAGUGUCGAUAAUUACCCGCUGAUGCAUUCUCCGACCACAGGGAUGGACGUCACAGGGGUUAGCAGCGGAGGGUUUAACUGCAAAGGGUUUAACUACACAGGGUUUAACAAUACAGACAUUUUUCAGUCCGACAUGAAUGAUCUGUACAAUUCUACCUUUUCUAUUUUUAUUAAAAAAUUAAACAAGAAAUUGAAGUUCUACUCCCUAGAGAACUUACUCUUCUUGUCCGAGUGCCUGGGAAAGGUGAUCUUUAUGUCGAGCACGCAGAACCAGGUUCUGCAUGUGUUCAUUAAUAAGCUUCGCUACUACAUCGAUAAUGCUUUGAAUUUUUCCACUGUGGAUAAUCAGACGCUUAUUCGCCUUUUUAAGAUAAGCUCUUUCUUUUCCUUCGUGCCCGAGAUGGAGAUUUUUGUGAGCACCGGGACAAAAGGGGGUAGGAAGGCACGCAGGUUUGUAAGCGGUGAGGUAUCUGUCCCGUUGAAAGGCACCCUCGUGGGAGGAGGCGAAGAGGUGGUCUCCCCAUCGGGAGAGGCGAAAAACGCACCAGAAGGGAGAACAUUGCCCUCACAGGGAGAGACGGAAAACGUAGCAGAAGAAGAAACAUUCCCCCCACGGGGAGAAGCGGAAAAUGCACCAGAAGGGGGAACAUUGACUUCUCAGAGGGAAGAUCAAACCAGCCCCGUGAAGGGGAACCCGUCGCCCACAGAUUACAAAAAAAUACUCAAGAGCAGAAAUGACGACACGUUGGAUGAGAAGAGAAAAAAAAAAAGCAUAUGCUUCAACCUGAGUGAGAAGAAAGUGAUUAAUUAUUACUAUGACAAACCGGAGGAGACACAUACCUUUGCGAAUCCAAGGAAUCUCCUAAAAAGUUACGACCUUCUGCAGAUCAGGGACAAUGUCUACGACGUGAACAGCUACCUCCUGAAUUACAGCUUCAAUCACGACUCGGGGAAGAAGCAUAAGAAGAACAAAUUUUUGCUCAAAAAUAUAGUGAUGCUUCUGUGCGAGCGGAUUGAUAAGAGUUUGGACGACGUCACGAGGGAGCUGCGCGGGGGCAACGGAGCGGGGAAAGAAACAGGGAAACAAGUAGGAAACGAAACGAGCAACAAAGCGAGCAACGAAGCGGGAAAGGGUGCGCCCCCCAACAGGAGAUGCCCCCCCUGGAGCAGAGACAAACUGAUAGACGAAAUAAAACACAUCAACGAGAAGAAUUCCGAGUCCGACGGGAAGUGCCCCGGGGGUGACCCCACCCACAAGGAGAGCGAGCUGUACAAAAGGUACCUCAUUUUUUAUGAUUUCAGCGUGCUAAGCGAUGUCGUGAAGUUCACUCACUUUUCCAUAAACACGAAUAAACACACGUACGAGUUGGUGAAGUCUAUAAAGCGGAGACUGGAGGAAAUGCUUCUCUUUUACGACUUAAGUGGAAUGUCCAAUAGGGGAAGACAACUGACUAUGGGUGGUGCCUCGUCAUACGGCUCGAUGAUGAAACACAUUACCACCUUUCAGUUGUACCACUUUUAUUGUGCCUGUAAAAACUUCAGUCCGUCUUUCCUGUUCGAAUUUUUCGACACCCUGUUGAAGAUGACGCCCAAGAUGAAUAUCAUAGACAUAGAUAAGGCUAACGAUUUGUUUAGUAAGAAAAAAAUGAACAGAAUGGAGCAUUCGGAGAUGUUUGAGAAGGUGAUGGACCGUAACGUGACGAUCCCCUUUGUUGUCUCCUUGUUGCGAUCCUUGAGAAUAAUUAUUUCAUCCAAUUUGUUUCACACGAAUGACAUUCUUAGUGAGCAUGUCAGGACGAUGGUGCAGUACUCGUACUACGUGUUGUUGUUUUAUUACUACAAUAAGGAUAGAAGCAGCCGUCAUGUAAAGCGUGGCAGUGAUUUGCGGGACGCGGCGGAGGGGGAGGGAACCUCGCGGGGAUCCGCCCGACUUGGCGAGAGUGAAGACGCCGAUGAUGAGGAGUACCCCAUUUGUGAAGGCGCAUCGAAGGGAGGAACUGCAGGGAACUCUCCAAUAGGAGAGUACGUGAAGAAUAAAGUGGACGGUAGCCGACAUAGCGUUGGAAGUGGCCCCUACUGGAGUUGUCAGACGGAGGGAGCCCCCUGUAACGAUGGCAGCAAUUGUUCAAUCAUGUCGAGCGUAAUAAAGUCAAGAAAAAAUCACAGACAAUUAUUUCUCUUUGAUAAUGUCUAUAUGGAGGACCUGUGCAACACGUAUGUGUGCCUGUCCACAUCGCUAUAUUUUUUAAAUAGGACAGAGGAGAAGUCCAAUCAAGUGAAGCAUCUCAUUUAUCUGGAGGAGAGGUUCCUAAAGUUAGUGACCAAAGUGAAGUAUAUGAAGUACUUAUCGGAUUAUUUAAUUUUUUCUCUCUUUAAAGCGCCAUGCACGCUGAAAUUAGAGGAGGCGUUUGAUGGGAUCAUUCCGUGUCUGAAGCUACCCAAUCGGAGGAGUAAAAGGACGAGCGAACUGCUUUCCUCCAUAAAGCAUUCGCAGAAGGUGAAGAUUUUAAGCGUCCCAGCAGCAACUGCCUUUUUCCUGUGCAAAAUUAAGUUGUCCAUGUUGGGUCGCGGCGGCAAGGAGGAAAUGAAUGCCCUUCGAAUGGAGAACAUGAGGAAGCUGUUUGAGAUCCUUAUCGAUGAUUACAAGGUGUUGGCGAACUGCAUCGAGCAUUUAUUCAUUCAUAGGGAUGGAGAAGCGGUCGCUGGCGGUGGAGAAACGGUUUAUCGGGGAAGGGAAAUGGCCCAUCGGGGAAGCGAAUCAAUCGAUGCGGAGGAGUACUCAUCGGACAAUUCGCCUAUUUCCCAUCGGAGUACCUCCUUCCGAGGGAGACCAAGAACAGACUUCUCCAUGGAGGAUACCCCGGAUAGAAGCAGCCAGUAUGGAGUGUCCCCCCGCAUAAGAAAGACCUAUUCUUAUUUACCCUACCUUGUGUCAAACAAAAUGGACGUGAAGCAAAAUGCUCAUUUGGAAUCCCUCCUAGGAGACAUGUUCUUCGGUGUACACGAGGUGAAGACGUUGCAUGAACUCCAAAGCACGUUGCUAAAAACGGUGAAGUAUCUGGAGGCUGCUGAAAUCAACUUAAAGGUAAAUUAUAAAAUAACGCAGAUUCAGCAGAUACAUAAUGACGUCUUGGGUUACCUCUCAGAGCUGUCAGACGUCGUUAAGGACUGCCUAUACAUCGUCUUCCUCUCGCAGCCCUACAUUCAUAAGUCACCCAAGAAGUACGCCACGAAGAAUUUGGUCCAAUACUUACUUAAUAAGUGCAGAUUUGUAAGCGACUACAACAUCUUUGACGACUGCAGCAAUAAGUCCUUUACCGGGUUGAAGCGGAGCAAGUAUAUGCCCAAUGGGCUGUGUGGCACUUAG